UCUAGCAGGCCAUUUGCAAUGAACAGAAUUCAUCAUACUGUCUGGCGGUGAAUAGAAAGAGUACCCAUGAGAAAUGGCAAUUCUCAGAUUGAGUACAUUGAAGCAUAGGUGUCUGAUUUCAUAGCUGGACGUGUCGCCAUUGUAUCAUAGCACUGAACCAGGUAUUUGUUAAUCGAACAAAGUAGUUGUUCGUACAGGAUUUAUUUUGUGAGAAAUGCCAGCACCACCUCCACCUCUCUCAAGUUUGCCAGAGACACCUAUGUGUGAAAAAACAGAAGUGAGCGAUGCGGAUUCCCUGCCGUCUUGGGCCAAAAUUACCCUCACCUCUGCAGAGGCAGAGAUUGAGAAGCUGAUAGCCCGAAAUGAGUUAAAGGAUGCUGAAGUUACAUAUUUUUGUCAAGUCGAACCAAUUUUGCAAGAUGGGCCACAAUGCGGUUUGGUGGCACUUGCUAUGGCAUCACAAGAAUACACAAAACCAGUUUCUGUGAGCCAACUUCUAGCAGAAGCUCGUGUGAGAGGCUUUACCCAACAUGGAGAAGUAUACAGUGUUGAUUUCAUGGGCACACUAGCUGCUGAAUAUUUACCUGACCACAGACCAGAUAUUUUAGUAGAUCUACAACAAUGCCCGGAUACCGUAACUCAUGCUUUAGCUCAUGGAGCUAUGGUAUUGAUUCCAUACGAUUCUGAUUUCAACCAUGCUCCCUGCUUAAAGAGAGGCCAUAAAGCCCAUUGGGCAUUACUCGUUGGUCUAAUUUCAUCCAGGCAAGGAUAUCAUGUCUUAGCACGCCAUGGAAAAUCUCGUCAUUUAGCUUGCUGGCGGCUGCGCGAUUUAAUUGAAAGUAAUGGUAAUUUGGAAGAAGAAGGGACAGCCAGACACGCUGGGGGAUAUGUUAUACCAAAGGGAGGAGUCGGAGGACAGAGAGGUUUACGCGGUAGAGCAUUGGCGUUACAUCCGUACAUAUAAAGCCAUGUACAAGAAUUGUAGGUAAUUAAUAUCACAGUGAAAGACAGAAAUUACUACUAUAAUAUUACUAUAUCCACAUUAUGGUAUAUGGUAAAUAUUCAAGGUGUAACAAUAUUUGCACAGCUGUCAAAAAAUUUGUUCAUAAAAUAUGAUGCUUUUAAGUACCAUGUGUUUCAACUCACAUUGCAAAUUUUUCUGACAUCCAGUAGAGGGAUAACAAUCUCCAAAUUUUUCGUAUUAGAUAGAAUAACAGAUGGUAUUUCAUUCGUUACACCACGACACACAAUGUAAAUAAUAAUUUCGUAUGUUUAACUUACAUGCACGCGACCUCUUUGAAAAUUUUGUUGUGUGUCGAGUAUUAAACUCUUCCUGUGAUGCUAUACGUACUAAGCAGGCGUGUAAUUUAGUCUGAAAAAUAGACAUGUACACGUGCAUGAAAGGGCAAACGUGAGGAAACAAAGUCUAAGAAAAUAUCUGCAUUAUAUAAGUAUCUAAGUAUCCUAAGUGUACUAGCUAGGGAGUUAUCAAAAUCAUAACUAGC